AUGAGCAGGAGGUCGAGGACCAAGGACAAAGAAGGGCCGCAAGGGAUAAAUUAUGUACAGUUCAAGAAGAGGUCAAUAGAAGAAGAGGACAGCAGAAGUGGAAGGUCCGAAACCCUCCACGGCGACGGGGCGCCGGCAGCAGUUCGAGGCAAGUGCCACCGAAAUAGGGAGCCACAGUCAGCAACAGAACAUCAGGAGAUACAGGGCGCAUCGGCCGCUAAAAUCUGGCGGUCGGCGCCGCCAUCGUCCCAUCGCGUGCUUGUCAGUCGAGCCACUCGCGCUGACUGGCCCGUAUCCGUUUUGGGGGCGCGGGACGCAUCUUCCACCAGGUAG